UUUUAAAUAGCCGAAAGAAGAUCAAAAUUAUAAUGGUGCUUAUUUGCAGGUUAGGAAAAUGCUUAAAAUGAUCUUGUGUAUCUAUACUUUUACUAUCAGGGAUACUUAUUAAUAGUAUAAAGAAGCCGAAAUGCAGAAAACUCAAAUCGGCACUCUGUGAUGCUGACAGAUAAUUUUCGACCUAUCGAGACGGUAAUAUUAUGGUGCGCUAGUGCAGUAUACCAACAGUUAAAGCCCCAGCACAACCUGACGUUUGUCAUAACAACAGGCAACAGAGGGAGAGCUGUCUGCAGGGGCAGGGAGAGUCUCUGAAUCAGUGUAGCUGACGUCUUCUUAUGCUCGAAACAAUAAAAAAAUGCCCAGCUUCCAACACUCAGCGUAAGUAAACAGAAAGUCACCUUCAACUCCAACUCAUCAAGGCAAUAUAAAUCUUGAAUUCUCAAGAUGCGAUGAGCCAGAAGUAGUUAUAGAAAAAAGGAAGCCCAAGAGAGACAUUCGAGAGUGAAGGCGAUAUAUAUACACACACAUAUAUAUAUAUAGAGCGAGAGAGACCCAACUGCAGCACUGCACAAGUAUCGAAGCCAGAGUAGAAAGAGCUGGCUCUGCAACACGUGUGCACAUGCAGUCUACGAGUUACAAGAGGAAGCGCGACCGAGCGCGACAAGUAGUUCGUACGGAAAAAAUUUCGGAGUCGUCUGGAGAAAUCGCAUCGAUUUAGCAUCGGGACUCGAACAUAAGGGAAGCAGCAUCAUCCAGCAGGAGUUUGCGACUGACGUCUAUACGAAAUCUCUCUCUCUCUCUCUCUCUCGGCAUUCCAAUCAGCUGAUCGUCUGCACCUAGAGGACUGCGUCAGCGGAGCCCUGCGCUCGCGCCAGGCCGACGCCUACAACAAUAAGAGUAAAGAAAAACAAAGUUCUAGCGCUUAGGGGGGGAAGAGAGAGAGAGAGAAAGAGGGUGUCGUAAUAAUAUACCAAUGCGCAGCAAAGAUAGGACGCACACUCAGCUACACUACAUUUAACUGCAGUGUAAGCGGAAAAAUAGAAGAAGACAGCGCAAUCAGGUGUAGAUAUAGGACUGUCGAGAUCUUCUCCGAUGACCAAGUAAAGCCGAGAGAUUUUUUCUAUAUGUGCGCGUGUGCGUUGAAAAGGGUAUUAAUAUUAGGGAACUCGGAAUUUCGUCUUACUCAUAGCCGACAGUUUGGCCCGUCAUCACGUAGUUCUACAUUGUACACACGGACAAAAGAAGAAGGAGAGGGAGAGAGCCACUUUGGCGGAGCAUUAAAUGGGAGAUAGAAGCAGUAAAAAAGAGGCGACGACGAUUCCGACGGUAGAUCGCUGGCGAACUUGCCAUCGUUGCGGCAGGAAGAAGAGGAAGUCUAGCCUGAAUCAGGUUCAUCCCGAAGACAAGAGCAAAGCUCUCGCCCCUGGAAUCAUGUCCAAGUCCAGUGCUUUUUCAAAUCCCUGCAAUCCGAUCUCCUAUAUGAUAGCUAGGCAGAUCGAUGAUAAGGUUGAUUAUUGCAAAGCUCUUCUGGACUCUAGACUGUCCAAUGCUCAGAAUCUUUUUAGAAAGGACCUCUACUCUCAUUAUGGAUGCGUCAAUGCCAUUGAGUUCUCAAAAGAGGGCGAUCUCCUCAUUUCUGGUGGAGAUGACAAGAGGGUUUUGCUGUGGGAUGUCGAAAGAUCCAUUCAGGAACACGGAAAGCCUAUUAUGAUGAAAGCUCAUCAUUUGAGCAAUAUAUUUUGCCUUGGCUACAACAGUAGCAAAUCAAAAAUAUUUUCUGCAGGAAAUGAUGAUCAAGUCAUUGUUCAUGAUUUGAAAACGACUGACGUUCUAAACUUCUUUCGCCAUGAAAAGCCUGUUUAUGGUUUAUCAGUGCAUCCACAUAACGACAACGUAUUUUCAAGCGCCUGUGAUGAUGGACGUGUAUUGAUUUAUGAUAUCAGAGGUUCCGCCAACUCACCAGAAUCCUUCUUUUGUCUGGCGCAACAUAAAAAUCCUUUUCAUUCCGUGAUGUUCAACCCAAUCAAUCCAGUUAUGUUGGCCACUGCUAAUGCAAAAGAAGGAGUUAGUAUGUGGGAUGUGCGAAAACCGUUAAAACCAGUUUUACGCUAUGGAUCUGAAGGACCAGCGCAAAGUUGUAUGAAUGUCAGGUUCAAUGAAGCAGGUACAACAUUACUUGCCAUUCGAAAGCGUUUACCUCCUGUUCUGUAUGCUGUGAACUCUGCAACACAUUUAUGUCAGUUUGAUCAUCCUGGAUACUACAAUAGCUGCACAAUGAAGUCGUGCUGUUUUGCUGGAAGCAAUGAUGAAUACAUACUAUCAGGCUCUGAUGAUUUCAACUUGUACAUGUGGAAAAUUCCAGAUGAUGAUUCUGUUAAAUGGGUCGACUCUGCACACAUAAUUUUGCGCGGUCAUAGAUCCAUUGUUAAUCAAGUUCGUUACAAUAGUGCCAGUUGCAUUAUCGCCUCUUCAGGUGUUGAAAAAAUAAUAAAAUUAUGGUCGCCAUUUCCGCUUGGUGAUAAAUGUUUAGGAGGAUUAAAGAGAGAUGACGAUAAAGAGGAAAAACAGCGCAGGGUAUAUACACACGAUGAAUACAUUGGUUUAGUUUUAAGAAGUGCUCAAUUUAUGACACACGACUAUAGCCAUCAAUCGACUGACGAAGACCAAAGAAUGAUGGCAUUUUUCGAUUCUCUUGUACAAAGAGAAAUCGAAAGUUGGAGCUUAGAGGACAUGCCUACUCCACAAAGUCCAAGUGAUUCUGAAAAUAAUAAUGCUUCGGAUCAUAAUAAUCAAUCGGAUCCUGAAGACUCAAAUGCGUCAGAUGAUCAGUUGAUGCUUCGCUGCUUCCUUGGCUCUACUCUUAACACAAAUGGCACGUCCAACGCUUCAGAACGUCCGCUCGAAUCACCAAAUCAUAUAACUCGUCUUAUCGCCAAUUGUCGUGACAAACUUAUGCGCCUUGCUGCUCUUGAAGCCGGUACUCAAAUAACAAACGGUAAUACGGUCACAAAAAAAGAAAAUACAUCGACGGCAGCAGCAGCCACGACUUCGGCAAACCUAGUUGAGGGACAUGCGUCAGCUAGUGAACCAGAAAGUAAAACUUCAACCCGCAAAAAAAACAAGACCAUAAAAAUCACACUGCGACCUACUCAAGGCGUGAAGAGGAAACAUAGCUUACGCCUCUCGGCGAGAAAGAACAGGACGCGCAGGAAACUGAAUAACGCGAAGGACAACAGCGAUUCGGAGUUCGAAGAACCACCGACAUCAAACAGCAAGAAUAAAAAUUCUUAUCAGCCACUGGAUGCAACACAACCGAGCACAAGCAGCGGUGUCGUAUCUUCGCGACGUUCACGCUACACGUCUACUGUUGAAACUCGACAGCGUCAGUCGCGCUCUAGCAGCAGUAGUAGUUGCGAAGAUAAAGCCGUUAAAGUUCAGAGCCGUACAGCGGGAAAGCGAGGUCGGUAUGCGAAAACUGACUCUGAUAGUUCGACCACCAAGGAAACACCGAAGCGCAAGAUCACCCGUAAUAAGAGUAAAGCGACAGCGACGUCUUCGGCCAAACAAACGCGUCGCGAUACUCGCGUUAAGAGCAAAAGACAAAAAGUCAGCAAUGAAUCCGAAACUAGUACGAUUCUUGGUAAACGAGAGCUAACUCACGCACAGAAUGGGGCAGCAGAGAAAGAACUUGAGACUCCGACGAAAAAUUCAAAACACAUGGCUUCUAUCACGUCUGACAGUGGUAUUACUUCGGGCGUCUCAACGAGCGAAAAAAAUAAUGUUUCCACAACAGAGAAAUUAUCCCAGCGAGAAAGUUCCGAGCGCGAGUUAGAAAGAAAGUGUCGCGAGACGAUCGAGAAGAAAAUUGACAGAGUAAGACGUAGUUACAGGAAACGUAUUGUGGCGCACACACCGAGCUCCAGCGAUUCUUCCGAUGAUUGAAUUUUAAAGGAGCAGAAGAGAAACAACCUAAGAAAUCCUUUUGCGUGUACAUAAUGAAUCUGUGAUUCCUGAGCUGUAUACAUAUAUUUUUAUAUAACACAAAAUAUGAGUUGAGCGUCGAACUAUUUGUACUACUCAGUGCCCAUUCGUAAUUUAAUCUUAACUUUAAUUUCAUUUGGAAGAGUGAUACGCUGAAAUUUUUAAAAAAGAGGCUAGAACAAUUUAUCCGCUAUAAACCGAUUAAAUCUCUUUUGUUAUUGUUUUGUCAGGAUAACCUAGUUAGAUGCCUGGUAUGGAAAUGUUCACCAUCAGUUGGGCAAGUAGUGAGAAAUUUUAAAAUUUAAAACGUCACGCUGCGUUUGUUUAAUUCUUAUUGGCAAAGAAACAACUAACUAUAAAAAUAAAAGAAAAUCUUUUAGAGAUUUUGUGUGAGGAAUACAGAAAUGAAAUUCGGAACAAAAAUAUUACGAAACGAAAACGUUUGGAAUUUUAGUGUACUCUUCCCUUAAAAAACUUAACAUACAUAGUUUAAGUUUGUGUUUAAUCAUCUAUAACAUUAUUUGCCACAGAAUUUGUUAAAUUUGUUUAUACGAUCUCUUUCAUACAAACAUUUAAUUUUUAAUUUUAAUUUUUGGCCUUUAAUAUUAUAAUGUAAUAAGUGAUUGCGACUUCAAACCUUUGAUGAUGAUAAUGAUGAGAAAGACAGUUGGAGAAAAAAUUCAGUAUGGAGUGCAAAUGGCUCCAGUGUAGAUAUAUAUGUGUAUUUAUACAUGGACGAUGCAAUUAGAUAUCAAUUUAAUUUAGCUAUAAUAAAGUAGUUUGUAUUGUUAAUAAAUUAAUGUGUGAUGGGAAAAUAUAAAGUACAAUAAAUAUUGUUCUUAUAUGUUA